AUGUCCCGGCACCUGUUUUCCUUCGCGGCGCUGCUGCUGCUUCUUUGCGUGCUGACGUGCUGCGGCAGCGGUGGAGCUGCGGAGCAGCAGCGUUCUUCCAAGAUCGAGCUCUUUAAGGGAGGUGAGACGGAGAUUCCUAAUGUCAGAGACCUCGCGAGGAAGCAAAAGUUUGACUCGUUUUCUGCUCCUGCUCUGCUCGAGAAGCAUGGUGUAAUUGUGGCUUUUGCCGAGGCACAUUAUGAGGGCGGGGACGGUAAGUCCUUUACCGCUCUUGCCACUCGGUCCUCAGCGAGUGGUUUGGAUGCGUGGUCGGAGGGCUCGGCGAUAGUAAAGGAUGCGUUCGACGGCAAGGUUGCUCGCCUGUUGUACCCAACCCCGAUCGUGGACGAGGAAGGCGCAAGUGUGCUGCUCGGGGGCUACGGCGACUGGGGAACCCCCAUGACAAAGGCUGCCGGCUGCUACCAUUGGAGACCUCGCUAUGGGUGGGGAACGUUUCCAGAGGAGGGCGGAAGGAAGUUCAUGUUGAAGGAUGAUUUUUCAGAUCUGUCCCGUGACAGCGCGCACCACAUCCAUGGCACGUCUUACACGCAGUACAAUGGUGGCGGGAGCCCCGGCAUCAAGAUGACGAACGGAAAUUAUGUGCUCCCCGUUCAGGCCCUGAACGGCGACGAAAAGAACGUCUCGCUGGUGUUGUACUCCAGGAGCACCUGGCAUGGCCUGACGUUCUCGACGGGCACGAGCCAUGCGGGCUGCACCCGCCCCGCCAUCCUUGAGUGGGAGGGCGGGAAGCUCCUUCUGCUGACGUCGUGUGUGGACGGCUACCGCAGGGUGUACGACGUCCACUUCAAGGCGAAUACGUGGACGGAGGCCGUCGGCAGCCUCUCGGGCGUGUGGGGCAACUCACUGAGGCGCCAACGAGGGUACGGCAUUCCGGGCGGCUUCACCGCGGCGACCAUCGACGGAAAGAAGGUCAUCUUCCUCACCACGGCGGUGUAUGCGGAGGGCGAAGAACAUGGUCGGCUGCACCUGUGGCUCACGGACAUGGAUCGGGUGUAUGACGUUGGCCCGAUUUCCGACGCAGGUGAGAGGUUCGGCGCCAGCACUCUCCUGUACGUCACAAAGCCCGGGCAGAGCAGCGGCACGUUGUACUGCGCCUACGAGUCCGCCGCCGCCGAUGGGGGCAAGCAGGACGUUGUGCUGGCGGACCUGGCCGGGCAGCUGGAGGAGGCGCGGAAGGUGCUCCAGGUUUGGGAGAGGAACGACAAGUACGUUUUGGGGCGCCAAGGCUGCGACAGGCUCGUGCGGACGCCGCCGGGCAGUACGCCCCAAAACGACGCCCCGCUGAAGUACGUGCCCUCCGGAUUUUUGUCCAAAACGCUAACGGGUGACUGGUGGAAGGAUGAGUACCUUGGCGUGAACGCCAGUGUGAGGGGCAACCCAGUGCUCGCGGAGGACGGGGCGGUGGAGUUCAAGGGGGCUGACGCGGGGGCGAAGUGGCCUGUGAUUGCGCAGGGGCAGAACCAGCGCUACCACUUUUCAAGGUACGCGCUCACGCUUGUGGCGACGGUGACGAUCCAUGCGCUGCCGUCUACCACCAGCCCUUUGAUGGGAAUGGUGCGGGACGACGGCGAAAAGAAGGUUCUGUUUGGGCUUUCGUACACGAAGGAGAAUAAGUGGGAGGCGACGAUCAAGGGGGAGACAAAGACACCGGCGGGAAAGAGGUGGGAGUUGAAGAAGGCGUACCAGGUGGCACUGACGCUGCGAUCGUAUGACUGGCGCGUGUACGUUGACGGGGACGAGUUGCAGAAGGGCACGCUUGGGGACUACUACUACCCCCUCCAGCACUAUAUCCUGCACUUCUACUUUGGCGCCGACGGGGACAGGAAGGCCGCGACGGACAGCCACAUGAGAAUGACCAACGUUUUUCUCUUCAACCGCGUGCUGGACGCUGCUGCACUCAAGGCACUGAAGACGCACACGGCAGCCGCGCUGCAGGAGGACCCGUCGACUCGACCGGACGCCAGCGCAUGCCAGACACCCAUCUGA